UGGGGGCGACGUCCAGGGCCUGCCACUCGGCCGGUUCCGGACCUCCGCAACAGGCGGUGAAGAGAACGUCACCGGGACUCCGGCAGGUGGCGCUGGCGGGAAGGGCCCUCCCCUCCCCGGGCUGGCCCCGCCCCUCCACGCUGGCCUCGCCCCGGCGCCGCGCUCGGAAAUGACCUAAGCUGCGGCGAGGCCGGGCGGGUAGUUCCAGCUCUGCGGCGCGGCGGACGGGGGGCGCGCGCGCCAUGCCCGCCGAGCGGCCUCCGGGCACGCGGGCGCGGUGCCGGCCGGGCAGGUGCUGUCAUUAGUCCCACCUCAAUAAAGAGCUGCUGGGGCUGAACGGUCAUGGGGGAUCCUGGUAGAGAGGAGUAUAAAAUCCAGUCUUUUGAUGCAGAGACUCAGCAGCUGCUGAAGACAGCACUCAAAGAUCCAGGUGCCGUGGACUUGGAAAAGGUGGCCAAUGUGAUUGUGGACCAUUCUCUGCACGACUGUGUGUUCAGCAAAGAAGCAGGACGCAUGUGCUAUGCCAUCAUUCAGGCUGAGAGCAAGCAAGCAGGCCAGAGUGUCUUCCGACGGGGACUCCUCAACCGGUUGCAGCAGGAGUACCAGGCUCGGGAGCAGCUGCGAGCCCGGUCUCUGCAGGGCUGGGUCUGCUACGUCACCUUUAUCUGCAACAUUUUUGACUACCUGAGGGUGAACAACAUGCCCAUGAUGGCCCUGGUGAACCCCGUUUAUGACUGCCUCUUCCGGCUGGCGCAGCCUGACAGUCUGAGCAAGGAGGAGGAGGUGGACUGCCUGGUGCUGCAGCUGCACCGCGUGGGGGAGCAGCUGGAGAAGAUGAACCGGCAGCGCAUGGAUGAGCUCUUUGUCCUGAUCCGAGACGGCUUCCUGCUCCCAAGCGGCCUCAGCUCCCUGGCCCAGCUGCUGCUGCUGGAGAUCAUCGAAUUUCGGGCAGCCGGCUGGAAGACGACCCCGGCUGCGCACAAGGCCCUGGUUGUGAAAAGCCUCCAGCAGUUCAUGUGACAACUUCUCCGGCAUCAGCGUCCGCCGGUGCUUCUUCUCCCUACACUCAGUGAGCAUCCACUUCAUGGCCAAGAAGCGACGCCGCCGGGCGGGAAGUGGCACAGGGACCUGGACAGGAGAAGACACGGCAAGUCAGUCCAAGACCUUGUCGGGGCGGCAGCCUCCUUCUGCCCUGAGCUCUGAGGAAGAGCCACAGGCUCCCUCUGGGCCAGCUCUGACAACACUCGUGAGGGGCCUGGCUUCUCCUGGAGUCCCCGCAGCCCUGGGGGCCCCCACCCGUUAGCAGAGGCAUUCACUGAGCACGCGGCACGCGCUCCUGAGGCACCGACCUCUCUCGCCUCUAAAUAGAAGCUCAGCCCAGCUGAUACGAGCAUCAGCUGGGAGAAGCCCCAUCAGGCCGGAGUGACUCAGCCAGCGCGGAUCAGGGGUGCCCCAAAACAAGCCCCUCUUGUCCAGAAUCCUUUGCUAGACCGCCGUUGUAUGCCAGGCACCACUAGGGACCCAGACAUUAAUGAGUCUCCACCCUUAGGAAGUUUACAUUAAAAAAGCAGAAGCCGGGGCGCCUGGGUGGCUCAGUGGGUUAAAGCCUCUGCCUUCUGCUCAGGUCAUGAUCCCAGGGUGCUGGGAUCGAGCCCCGCAUCGGACUCUGCUCAGCCAGAAGCCUGCUUCCUUCACUCCCUCUCUGCCUGCCUCUCUGCCUGCUUGUGAUCUCUGUCUGUUAAAUAAAUAAAUAAAAUCUUAAAAAAAAAAAAAAGCAGAAGCCGAGAACACUGGCUUAUGACAAGACACAGAAUUAAAUGCCAGGAGAGCACCUUGUUCAGUUCAAGAAAUGGCAACAAAACACCAGUUAUGGGUCAAGAG